ACAAAAGACAGCUAACAGAGCACCAUGACAUCUCUACUGGAAAUGCUCGACAUCAACACAGGCCUUGCUUUAGGCGUUGUCGUGUUGUCGUUGUUGUGGUGGUUUUCAGUCAGACGACCUGCAGGUGCACCUCCAGGACCUUGGCUGGCUGUACCACUGCUGGGUCACCUGCUGCUGAUGAUGAAGAAAGAUCCUCGGCAGCAGUUCGCAGCAUGGCGACGACAGUACGGUGACGUGUUCAGUCUGUACCUGGGCAGCCAGCUGGUGGUGGUGCUCAACGGCUACAAGGUCAUCAAGGACGCGCUUGUAAAAAACGCCGACGCCUUCUCCGACAGGCCUCAUAGUUAUGUUAGGGAAAUAAUAACCGACAGCAAAGGCGUUGUUGACACCUCUGGUGCGGUGUGGAAAGACCAAAGAAAAGUUGCUAUAUACAUCCUACGUGAGCUAGGGAUGGGCAAAAACGUGCUGGCGGUAAAGGUCCAAGAAGAAAUCAAAGAGUACAUCAGGGUCAUAUCCGAGAGCCAGGGUCAGCCGCUCGAUCUGAGCCACUUCACCAAAGUUAGCAUGUCCAACAACAUCUGCUCCAUUCUCUUUGGCAAACGCUUCGAGUAUGACGACGAUGUCUUUAGAAAUUAUCUUCAUCUGGUGGAUGUCGUUGUUAACGAUUGGGGAGCGGGUGCCGCACUCACUGUCAUGCCUUUCCUACGACACCUGCCUGGAGAUUGCCUUAACUUGAAAAGAGUUGUGGACAACAUGCAGGUUAUGCUGUAUAAGCUUAUUAAACCUUUUGUAGACGAGCACUACCGCAGGUAUGACGAGGGCACAGUGGACGACUUUAUUGGCGCCUACAUCAGAGAAAUACAUCAUCAUCGUAUCAAUCAGUCAGGAUCACCUCACAUCAACAAUGUUAAUCUCCCUAAGACAACCUUCGACAUAUUUGUAGGCGGCUCGGAGGCGGGCCCUACAGCUAUCCUGUGGGCCCUGGUUUACUUCCUUCACCACCCUGACGUGCAGGACAAGUGCUACGAGGAGAUCCACAGAGUUGUCGGCACAGAGCGAGCGCCCACCAUACAGGAUAGACCGCAGUUAGUUUACAUGGAGGCUGUCAUCAUGGAGGUUCUUCGCUGCGCCACCCCUUCGCCACUAAGUUUGCCACAUGCCACCCCAUGUGACGUGGAGUUUGGUGGAUACAUGAUCCCUAAGGGCACUUUAGUCAUUCCCAACCUGCAUUCUGUGAUGAGCGAUCCGGAGACCUGGGGUGACCCCGACAGAUUCCGACCUGAACGUUUCAUUGGAGAGGACGGCAAACAGUGGAGACCCGAAGAGUUCAUUCCCUUCUCUACAGGUCGGCGCAGUUGUAUGGGUGAGGUUCUUGCCAGAAUGGAAUUAUUUCUAUAUUUGUCAACAAUGGUACAACACUUCCAAUUCCUGCCUCCCGAAACUGGAGAGCUUCCACCAUUGCAAGGUGUGCUGGCACUAACCUAUUGUCCUACACCUUUCAAGGUUCGUGCACUGUCUAGGAUGUGUCUUGGAAAAGAAACAUUUGAAGAAAAACAGUGAUGGAGCCGACUUGACCGUCCUAGAUGGCACCAAUAUACAUCGCAGUUUCCUCAGAGCUGUAUACAUGGCUGCAACACAUUAUUAACGAGGGACAGUCUCAGCUACUUUUUCUUUGCUUUUUAUGUUACACAUAGAGAACACAGACAGUCGACCUGGAAAGGCCGAUUCAAAGUGUUUUGGCUUUAGUCAAUGGUAAAACAUUUGAAGGGCCCAACACCCUCCAUCUCUAAGGAACACUGAAAUUAUUUUUAAACAAUAUCAAUAUUUACUUGUAUUUGAAUAAAGAAUGUCAAGAUAUUUUUUAGAGUUUUAAUAUAUUUUUUAUACUACUCUAUGUUUGUUUAACUCGGAUAUCACUGCAGCUAUUUACCAGUUUAAAUAAGGUCUCUUAACAGUGACCGAUUGAUAAAAGUUAAACACGAUUAAGAAUGUAGAGAAAGACCUUGUUAUGUACAGUCAACAACAACAAAAAUCAGUAAUCAAUUUUUUUGGAUAAAAGAAGGAAGAGCUCGUAACUGACAAACAAUAAGUAGAAAAAUGAAAGUAAAGAAUUGUUCAAGAAUUUCAUCAAUGAUCGAAAACAGUUUUGAAGACAAUCAAAAUGUUUCUAACAAAACUAGUAGUAGGAAAUAACAUUAUAGAAAUGAUUUGGUGAGCUAUUUCAUGAAUAGUUAGUGCCCUUGAAGGUCUGGAAGAUUUAUAGCUCAUUUUGUAUUUACUCAAUAAGGAAAUGAUUUAUUCAGUAACCCUCUAGUAUCACGACUCUAGCUGUAGUCGUAGGAACAUCUCAUCUAAAUCUUACUUUUGCAUUGGAUUAUCUGUAUGAGAACAAUUGGAUAAUUACAUGUGCGUUGACAUCGCGGAAGAAGUUUGAAACCUAUCGACUUCUAGCUGCUAAUAAUGAACGGAAGAGUGUCUAUACCGGAUUAUCUGUCUAAAGAGAGGUUACAGAUCGUAGCGAGAACUUUUUCUAUGUAAUUUUGUUUUGCCUAAUAAAGGGAAAAAGAUCUGCUCAGGC